UCUGAUUCGCUUAAGAGAAGGCUGAGCGGUUAUGGUCUGAGCGCGAGCGAGCUGUUAGAAGAGUGGCAGUGGCGUCAGUAGGCCAUGUUUUCCCUACACCUUCUGCAAUAAAUGCACCGUUGGGACUUCCCCUUUCAUCCUUUUCUCGAUACAUUUCAUUUCAAUUUUCCCCUUCUCAGAGUUUUAACUCACUCCCCUGCUUCUCUUUUUCCCCCUCUUUUCUGUGCAAAUCUGCACCAAUUUGCAUGUUCUUCGUGGUUUUUAGCUGGUUUUGAAUUCUGGGUUCAUCCCUUUUGUGGAUUAUAAGCUAAUGGAAAACAGGGAUAAGCUUGUUGCUGAAGGGAGUGAAGUGGGUUCACGUGAUGGAACCAUUUCAAUUCCUCUCGAAAAGGAUGAAGGCACAGCGGCGAUUACUGAGGAGAAAAAGCUUGUUCAUCAAUGGAAGAAGCCGAAUCUUGUGCUGGAGAUACCGUCUCAAACGCCCGUAUCAUCCCCUCCAGAAUUUCAUGCUAUAAAGAUGCCUCAAACUCCUAGGAAAGUGAAUUUCCUGUUGACACCAAGCCCUUCUGAUGUGAGAAUUAAUGGAUCUGGGUCACCUGGUCCGCCUUCAUCAAGAGGCAAAUCAUCUAUAAGAAGUCUGUUUCCUAAGCUAAGCUUCAUCCAUAGAAGCUCUUCAGACAUUGAGAAGGUUGCUAACCUUGGCCUUGAAGGUUCAUCCCAUGGGGCUCAAGAGAAGCCUUCCAUAGCUAGGUCCUUGUCUCUCACGAAAAUGUUUACUCCCAGGAUAAAGAGGACUUCAUCAUUGCCUGUUACUCCCGUCGUUCACUUGAAUCCCGAAUCGGCACAUGGAGGAAGUAGAGGCGCUACGAACCCAAUUGGAAAAGAAGCACAACGAUCAAUAUGUCGCUCUCUUUCAGUCCCCGUGAACGAUAAAGAGAGAACCUUGACGAAGAUGGAUUCGUUUUUCCGUGUAAUUCCUUCAACACCACUUGUGAAGGGAGGAAGUGGGAAGCUAAAUACAGCAAUAGAGGAAGCUGAAGAAGAAAAUAAUGGCGAAGAUAUACCUGAAGAAGAGGCUGUUUGCAGAAUCUGUAUGGUGGAGCUCUGUGAAGGCGGCGAGACGCUAAAGAUGGAAUGCUGCUGCAAAGGUGAGCUUGCUUUGGCUCAUAAGGACUGUGCCAUUAAAUGGUUUAGCAUCAAGGGCAACAAGACAUGUGAUAUUUGCAAGGAAGAGGUCCGAAACUUACCCGUUACUCUGUUACGGAUCCAAAGUAUUCGAGCUCGAAACACCGGAACGAUCAGAGCUCUGCACGAAGAUGUUCAUGGAUACAGGGUGUGGCAAGAAGUUCCCGUGCUCGUCAUCGUUAGCAUGCUUGCCUAUUUCUGUUUUCUCGAGCAACUUCUGGUCGGUAAGAUGGGUAGCGGCGCAAUCGCGAUAUCUCUGCCUUUUUCAUGCGUACUUGGACUGCUCUCAUCCAUGACCUCGUCAACUAUGGUGAAGAGAAGAUUUGUGUGGGUGUACGCCUCGUGUCAGUUCGCACUCGUCGUCCUCUUCGCACAUAUCUUUUACUCGUUGGUUGCCAUCCAACCAGUUCUAUCUAUUCUUCUUGCAACUUUUACCGGGUUUGGAAUCGUGAUGAGUGGUACUUCAAUUCUAGUUGAGUUUAUCAAAUGGAGAAGAAGAUGGCAAGCUUCAUUGGAGCAACAUCAAACACAGAUGAUCACAAGACCAGGGCAAUUUCCUAGAACGUCGAGUGCAUCGUAAACGACACUAAUACCAACCCAACCCAGAUAGGUAAUUCAACAGAAACAAUAGCAGAAGUUCAAACUAUAGGUGAUUUAGCUAGCUCGAUUGGUUAAGGUACACACUCGUAAAUGAGAAAGUUGUGUUGUUUUGAAGUAAAUGAGGAAUUAGCUUCAUAGGCUUCAUUUUUUUUCUUUUUCCAUGGUAUUUUGUUGAGCCAAGUUUGACAUGAUCUGUUUAGUUAUGGUUUGAGAGUGCUGUGAAGAAUGCAUUUGUGGGAGUUAAUGUUACGUAGAUUUGUAUUGCUCACUUCCUGAUGUGAGUGCUUAUAGAAUGAACAAAUUCUCUUGAGACAUA